AUGACGAUCAACCUGUUUGGCGGAUCAUCUGAUACCAGCGCCGAAGGAGCGGAGGAGGAUAUCAACUUCCCUGUCAAGAAUGACCUCAAACUAAAAAAUAACAUGGUGUCGUGGUGUAGUUGGUUAUCACGUCAGUCUAACACACUGAAGGUCUCCGUUUCCUCCGCCAUCGAGCAGGCCUGCGCCGCCUCCCGCUUCCUGCAGCUCUGCGCCUCCGCCCCUCCCUCCCCCCGCAGACGCUCCACCGUCGACCUCUCCCUCGCCGCCCUAUCCUCCUACGCCGACGCCCGGGCCAUUCGCAACUCUUCCGCCGCACCAACGCUGCCCGCAACUGCCUCCCUCUCCCUCGCCGACUACCGCCUCGGAGGCGCUUUCCUCCGGUACGUCAAAGGCACCCAGCAGGUGACCGACGCGAUGGCGUCCCUCUACGCCCUCGCCAAUCUCACCGGAAGGGCUGCAGCGCCGCCUCCAUGGUUGCCGCCCUGCAGCGCUACGGCGGCAACAUGUCCCUGUGGUCUGUGGACCCCGCCGCAGACAGAGCGGGACGGGUACUGGCCACCGGACGUCCCAACCGCCAAAGCUUCAGAGCGCGUCGUCGUCGCCGCCGCUGCCGCCUCCGAAGCAUGGUCUCCAAACGUGACUGUCGGCGAGGACGGUGGUGGCUGCCAAUUCACGAUGGUGCAGGCGGCGGUAGACGCCGCGCCUUCACAAAAAAAAAAAAAAAAGGCACACGCGAUCUACAUAAAACAGGGGAUCUACGCGGAGACGGUGCGGGUGCCGCUGGAGAAGCCAAAUCUAGCAUUUGUCGGCGACGGCAUGGGAAAGACGAUCAUCACUGGCUUCCUGAACGUCGGCGUCCCCGGCGUCUCGACGUACAACACCGUCACCGUCGGCAUCACCGGCGACGGGUUCAAUGCGACCCGGAGAGUGACCUGGAGCAGCCGGAUUCCGGCGGAGCACUUAGGAGUUUACCCCGUGGAGAACUUUAUACAGGGAAUCAAUGGAUACCUCCCUCUCUGCUAUAAGACUGUUGAUACGGAUAUUGGGAGAAGGGCAUAG